AAAUUUAAAUCAAUUACAUUUUCGAAUUACUCUACUGUUGUGCAGUCGUUGUUAUUGUUCGUUAAAUGUAACCAUCAACUGGCAGUGAAUAUCAGAACGCAGCCUAAAUAGUAUGACUCAAUAACAAAGUAGACGCAAGAAUCGUGUAGGGAGUGAAUUAUCAGAUUGAGAGAGAGAGAGAGAGAGAGAGAGACACUCUUUAAUUUCCUUAAUAUCACAUAUACAGUUGAACAGUCAGUCGAAUAAAUUUUAGCCUUUUAUUAUUAACAUCUAACGAUUACGUUAAAAAUUGUAUUAGUUGUUAUAUUGAAUACUUAUAAGUACAAGAAAUGCACAAAUUGAUCAUGCAAUCAGACUUGUAGAUAGCCGUCAUAACAGAGGUAUUGCAUAUUGUUGUGUCAGAAAACCGGCGUGUGUCAAGUUUUUGGUCUUCCGGCGAAAUUAUUUAUAAUUAGCUACGUAAUGCGUGUCGACCAGGCGCAGUUGGAGGUUUCCUUCCUGGAAUGAAGCAGAUUGCUAAUGUUGCUGCUCUACCUGGGAUUGUAUGGAGAUCAGUUGGACUACCAGAUGUACACUCUGGAUAUGGAUUUGCUAUUGGUAAUAUGGCAGCAUUCGACAUGGAUGAUCCCAAGUCAAUUGUGUCACCUGGUGGUGUAGGCUUUGAUAUAAACUGUGGCGUUCGUCUGCUACGAACUAAUUUGUUUCAGGAAGAUGUGUUACCAGUAAAGGAGCAACUUGCUCAAAGUAUGUUUGAUCAUAUACCAGUCGGUGUUGGUUCUAAAGGAAUUAUCCCGAUGAACGCGCGGGAUUUGGAAGAAGCGUUAGAAAUGGGAAUGGAUUGGUCCUUGCGGGAAGGUUACAUUUGGGCCGAGGAUAAGGAGCAUUGCGAAGAAUACGGUAGAAUGCUUAACGCCGAUCCAUCGAAAGUAUCAAUGAGAGCUAAGAAACGUGGACUUCCUCAAUUAGGUACGUUAGGGGCAGGGAAUCAUUACGCUGAGAUUCAGGUGGUAGAGGAGAUAUACGACAAGUGGGCAGCGUGCAAAAUGGGUAUCGAAGAAAAAGGACAAAUUUGCGUUAUGAUCCAUUCGGGAAGCAGAGGAUUUGGCCAUCAAGUUGCUACAGAUGCACUCGUGCAGAUGGAAAAAGCUAUGAAGCGCGACAAUAUAGAGACUAACGAUAGGCAGCUUGCAUGCGCUCAUAUCAAAUCCCAAGAAGGUCAAGAUUACUUGAAAUCGAUGGCAGCCGCUGCUAAUUUCGCAUGGGUUAACAGGAGUUCUAUGACAUUCCUCAGCCGACAGGCGUUUGCAAAACAAUUCAACUCGUCUCCCGAUGACCUGGAUAUGCAUGUUAUAUAUGACGUUUCCCAUAAUAUUGCCAAAAUAGAAGAGCACAUAGUUGAUGGGAAGCAGAAGACACUUUUAGUUCAUCGAAAGGGAUCAACAAGAGCUUUCCCACCGCAUCAUCCUUUGAUCCCCGUAGACUAUCAGUUAACAGGCCAACCGGUUUUGAUCGGUGGUACAAUGGGGACUUGCAGUUAUGUUCUCACUGGUACAGAACAGGGUAUGAAAGAGACAUUCGGAUCAACGUGUCAUGGUGCUGGUCGCGCCCUCUCAAGAGCAAAGUCGCGUAGAAAUCUGGACUACAAGCAAGUUCUGGACAAAUUGGAAGAUUUAGGCAUAUCCAUUCGAGUCGCUUCACCGAAACUAGUUAUGGAAGAAGCACCAGAAUCCUACAAAAAUGUAACAGACGUCGUCAACACUUGCCACGCAGCUGGAAUCUCCAAGAAAUGUAUCAAGUUACGGCCAAUUGCGGUUAUUAAGGGAUAAUCUUGGUCAAAAGACAUUUUGGUCACUACUUGUACAUUGUGACAUGUUACGAGUACAUUUUCUAAAUGAUAUUUAUUAAAAUUUAUACGCGAAUGUAAAAAUCGGCCAAUUGUACGAUAUUUCUUUGAUUGUUUACACCUGAUGAUAUUACAUUUUAUAUUAAAUUGUACGAAAGAUAUUAUCGCGAUAUGAAGAUACAUUAACAUCACUUUCAGUUAUGUAAUACAAUAUAACUGCAUAGUGUAAGUUUAUUGUAAAAUAUAUUUUCGUCAUAAUAUUAUUGCAUUUUUCUGUACACGUUAUGAAGUCAA